CAUUAAGGAGACGUAUCAGCGGGGCUGCUGCAACACCGGGAGAGGUGGCCACUAGGCUCCCUUGACAUGUUUCCAUGCGAACAUGUAAGUGAAACUACACACCUAAGCACAUGUUUGGCUUAACCUCACGCCCACAAUGAGACGCGUGUCAUCUACUAUCUACCUUCUCCGUCCUGUAUCUUGUCAGUCGCCAAAGCACUGAAUGGGAUGUGCACAUCUCAAAUAUAUAAGCAUGAGGUUCGUGUCUCUGGUUCUCUGGUUGUGUUGGAGGGAGCUAAAAAAGAACUAUGCCAUCCUUGUCCUGCUGGUUCUGGUGGUGGCGGGACUCAACCUCACAACCGUCAUCCACCAAGAUCAUCAAGCCAGACAAGUACCGGCUCUUCCCGAAGAAGUUUUAGAUACAAGACUGGUGGGGGUAUCUAAAGAUCAAAUAUACAAAGAAAGACUCCAGUAUGUAAAGAGUGAAUGUCGUAAUUCUAAAAACGGUUCAGUGGAUAAAGUAUUCCGCCAUGACAACUUGCAUUUAGCCUACUGUCCUGUAGCCAAGGUAGGCAGCACCUUCUGGAAGAGAGUGUUUAUCUUCUUGCAUAACGACACAGGUACAAUUCCUGUGAAGUCUCCCUUCGACAUCCCUCGGGUAUUCGUGCACUAUGGAAAGAAAAACAAAACACAGGUUUCUCCUCUAGAUGAAUUAACCAAGAAGACAAUCUUUGGCAAUUACACCCGUUUCAUGUUUGCCCGUGAUCCUUAUUCGCGAUUGUGGUCUGCAUACCUUGAUAAGUUUUUUCUUCCCGACUUCUGGAGAAGUUUUGCACUGCAUAUAACAAGACAACGACAUGACUCAACAAUCGAAGCUAGGAAGUGUGGCAGUGAUGUGAGUUUCAGCGAGUUCCUUCAGUACGUAGUCUCUCUUGUGCCAGAAAACAUGAAUGAGCAUUGGCAGCCCAUUCAGUACAGAUGCGACCCGUGCCAGUUUAAGCCAAACAUCAUCGGAAAGCAAGAGACGUUUGGUGAUGAUUCCAGGUAUAUUUUGCAGGGAAUCGGAGAGGGGUGGAUUAUGAAUGAGUUUGAUCAGAAUGCACAUGUUGAAGAAGAACUUAGUAUGCUAAUAGAUUAUAAUUUUCGUUUAAUUGCAAAAAGCCGGUUUUAUAGGAACUGUACAUCAAGAGUAGACAUAGCCAGGAGGUUAUGGCAAGUGUUCCAACUGAAUGGGUACCUACCUAUCGAAGAAACCGCCGAGAGCGUUGUAAAUAAACUGUCAAAAACCUUUUUUGAUAGAGAUAUGUUUAAGAGGUAUGUUUUGAAAGUAUAUCGUCAAACUCCGGCUGAGGAAAGGAGGGGAUGGAAACAACAGAGAAAGGAGGCAAUAAUCGGGGCAUACAAAACCGUUCCUUUGAAACUUAUCAAAAGUAUUACUAAGUUAUUCUCAAACGACUUUGAAUUGUUUGGAUAUGAUACUGCACCUCCAGAUAAGAGAGACGCAUAAUCAAAUUUACACGUGGUAUACAUUUAUCAAAGUGAAAUCCAAGUGUACGUUGCAUUCGUUUGCAUGUGUAAGAUCUGCAUCACUUCGAACUUUCCUCCUACAAGCUGAGAUGCUGUGACUUGACUGAGAUAAUUUUCAAAGCAGCGUUAAAUCAAACUCAGCUGAUCAUGCUCGUGUUUGUAAUCGGCACUGAGUUGUCUUACCACUUGGCUAUAAGGUCAUAAAUGUUCCUCAUGUAUCAUAAGAGACGACUGAAGUGGUGAUCUAGUGUCACAAAUACUAUAAUUGGGAUAACCUUUCUUAGUAGAGUACUCAUUCUAGUUCUUUUUUGGGGUUGAGUCCAAUUCUGAGGGGUACACAAAGUACAUGAUCUAGACUACAUGUUAUCAGAUUUUUAUUUUUGUGGAAGCAUCGGUGGCUGAGUGGGUUAGAUCGCUGACUUUGUGUGCUGGCGACUAGGUACCUCACCCUGAGAGUGUAGGUUCGAAUCCCGGAUGGGA